AGGUGCUAAACAGAAUAUUUGGUUAAGAAAUAAAAUUUGGGAUGGAGAACUCAGAAGUUCGGCAACGGAAAAUUGGCAAAAAGAAACAGACUACAAGAGAAUCAACAACAAAACAAGAAAAACCUCCACGAAGCAUCUGUUGGUUGAUAUUUUGUGUUAUAGUGUCCACUGUACUUGUGCUAUUGCUUAUCGGAUACAUUAACUCACCUGUGAAAGCUGUUGCUAUUAAAGAUUAUGUGCAUGUACCAUUGACAGGGAAGUUUAGCAUCAACUACAAGCUUACUAAAGGAAAAAGAAUUCAUGGCCUACCUGGCCCUGAAUCUAUAGCAGAAGGUGGUGAUGGUAAACUAUACACUGGUUUGGCUGAUGGUAGAGUUGUGUGCAUCCAUCCUUCAAAUGAUGGUGAGAUUGGAGCAGGGAAAGUGGAAAAUAUUACCACUGGUGUGAUAGAAGGAGCUUCGACCACUGAUGAUGCACUUAAUAUAGGAAGACCACUAGGCAUUCGCUUAGAUGGAAACACAUUAUACGUGAUGGAUGCAGUGUAUGGUUUUUACAGCAUUGAUCUCUCCACAAAGAAAGUUACUUUGCUUGUAACGCCUAAUGCAGUAGAACCAGCAAUGAAACUUCCCAAUGACUUAGCUUUUACCUCCGAUGGGAAAACAGUUUAUUUUACCGAUAUCACAUCUCAGGCUUCAAUAUUACAAGCUGGGUAUAUAGCUUUAACAAGUGUAUGCAGUGGUCGGGUUAUAAAAUAUGACAUUUCAACCAAAAAGGUUACCGUGGUAUUGAAGGAUCUAUGUGGGGCUAAUGGUAUACAACUUACAAAGGAUGACAAGUCUGUUAUUGUGUGUGAGUUUAACCACCAUAGAUGCAAAUGGUUUGAUGUGAAAACCUGGGAACAGAAACAUGUUCUUCAUUUACCAGUGAUGCCAGACAAUGUUCGGAAGAGCCACUAUGGAACAUAUUGGAUUACUGGGACACACAUAGACAGAGUUCCAUAUUAUAUUGCUGCGAUUUUGCGAAACAUUCCUUUUUUUAGGCAAUCCAUGCUUGGUCUGAUUUCACCUGAUCUUGCAAUGAGGUUUUUUGCAGCUUUUGUAAACACUGAAUACGGCAUGUUGAUUGAAGUAAAUGAUAAGGCAGAAGUAAUUCAAGUAUUACAAGAUCCUGACGCACAACUCUGUCUUGGUUUAUCGCAAGCCACUAAUCUUAGUGAUGGAAGAAUCGCUCUCGGAAGUUACUUUGCCCCAUAUUUGGCAAUUCUAGAUAAACCAGAGAAAUAAUAUAACAAUAAAAGUUUUAACUUUUAAUAUUUACAAAAGACACAAACAUAUUAUUUUGAAAUUUUAACAUAUUGCAACUAUUUUUAGAUUGUUAUAAUUUUUAAUCCAAAAAUGAGUGUAGAUGUAGUAUGCCUUUAAAUUUCUCAUUGUUUGUUCCAUUUGCCUUAUAUUUUAUCCUUAACUUAUGCAACAUUUUAUAAAUUUUAAUUCUGUUUUAUAUUACUAAAUCCUCAAUGUUCUUUUCUAAUGUACCUCUAUAAUUUUUGUGUUAAUAUUUUUUUAAUAUUACUACUUCAAAAUAUUAAUUUGUAAACUAAUCUUUUUCCCUUUAAUCUACACCUCAA